AUGGCUGAAGAUUUUGAUUUAUCUUGUACCAACAAGUUUGAAGUGGAAUUGGGCUCUUCAUUAAGACAUUGUUGUAAUACUUCUCGUAAACUCAAACAGCUAGCUUUGAAUGCUGCUGAGUUAAAAAUAAAUAAUCAAAUAGACUUGACAUGCAAAGAAAAUGACGUUGGCCUAAGUGUAAAAAAUAUUUUAGAUGCAGUGCAAAAUUUACGUGGUAAAUUAAAUAUUAUUGAAACAACAUUUGAUUGUUCAGAUAAGACUGUAUUCAAUCUUGGAGAAACCGUUCAAGAGCUUGAGAGUGUUGUUAACAUUGUGUCAAAAAACAAGAACACAAUUUUUACUCACCGCAAUCUUUUAUAA